UUAAUGAUGUAAAUUUCAGCACACGUUAAUACGUAGGACUGAAUGAGCGAAGAGUAAUAUUAAAUUUCAAAAGAGAAGUGUUACAUUUCUUUUGUCAUUUUGCAGCAGACGACAUGCAUUUAACCUACGGCACGUGUUUGACGUCACACUAUGUUGGAAUUAAUUUUAUUCGUUGUCCUAGUUUUGACAGCCUGCGGAGCUAGUGGUUCGAAGGGGCCCUGUUCUACUUGUAUCGAUAACCUCUGUGUUACGUGCGGUGUGAGAGAAGGAUAUUGUUUUAAUGGGUGUAAAAACGGUUACCAUGGUGAUAAAUGUGACAAGGUGUGCCCAGAAGUUUGCAUUAACUGCUCAAGAAAUUUCGAUAUUGAUAAAAUCUGUCACAUUUGUAAAGAUGGUUUCUACAGUUCAUCCUGUGAAAACACGUGCCCAAGUUCGUGUAAAUCGUGCACAUCCGCCAGCAGCUGCGUUGAGUGUAAAGACGGAUGUUUUGGAUCAGUUUGCCAGCACGUAUGCGGCAACUGUCAGAGUGGUAGUUGUAGCAAAAUCGACGGCACUUGUUUGGGGGCUUGUGAUGCUGGUUACUAUGGUAAAAAAUGCGAUCUCAAAUGUACAGAUGACUGCAGAUCGUCUAGGUGCUAUAAAUAUACAGGUAAUUGUGAAGAAUGUAAACCAAUGCGUUUUGGUUCAUCUUGUCAGAACACAUGUGGGAGUGGCUGUAACGUGACGUGCGGCAGGUACGGCGGUUCCUGUUUCGGUGACUGCAAAGCUGGCUGGUACGGAAACAAUUGCUCAGUGCGAUGCGGAACUGGCUGCGAAUCAGCAUGUGAUAAAAGUACAGGAAACUGCUUGCAGAACUGUACAGAAGGAUAUUACGGAUAUAAAUGUGAUACUAAAUGCGAAGAAGGAUGCAAACCGCCAUGCGAAAAAGAAACUGGCAAAUGUCUCCAGCCAUGUAAUGAUGGCUAUUAUGGCGACACAUGUUCACUACAAUGUGGAAAAGGUUGCAGUGGUUCGUGCGCACAAGAAAGCGGCUCAUGUCCUACUGAAUGUGUAACGGGUUGGUACGGUGCGAAAUGUGAUCAGCAAUGCAGUAGUGGAUGUAACGGUAGCUGUGAAAGACAAAGCGGACAUUGUCAGUCUAAUUGUAAGGAAGGUUAUUAUGGACCUUUAUGUAAACCUUGUGAUGAUGGAUGCUUGGAUAAAAAAUGUGACCCAAAGACGGGUUUCUGCACGAACGGAUGUAGAAAAUAUAAUUUCUAUACAAACAGUCUGUUGCACGGAGAGUUCUGCAACAAGAGCUGUCCUGGGUCCUGUAAAGAUGGUUGCGACCAGAAAACCGGAGUUUGUGUCAACGGAUGCAGGUAUUCAUUUCAAUACGGUGAUUAUUGCAACAUGACAUGCUGUCCUGGCUGCGAGGGCACGUGUAAUCAGAAAACUGGUACCUGUGACUAUGGGUGCGAGAAGAGAGCUUCUAUCUACGGGAAGUUUUGUAAUAUGACAUGCCUUGAACGUUGUUCCUUUCCUUUUAUGUGUGAUCAAGUGACAGGAAAAUGCGCUUGUUUACCGAUUUACACCGGAAGUAAAUGCGAUCAAUACACUGAUGGGAAGAAUGGUCGAAAGAGCUCACCUUCUUGCCUUACCACCUGUGAAACGUGUACAACAGCCAGUUACUGUCUCUCUUGCAAACCUGGAUAUUUCGGUCAAAUGUGUAGUUUGAACUGCUCAGACGGCUGUCUUAAUAACAUAUGCGAUAUUAGCUAUGGAACUUGCGAUCACGGUUGCAAGGAAGGUAUGGCAGGGAAAUUGUGUGACGUCGAGAUGAGCCACACAGGCUGUGAUAUCAAAGGAGAAAAGACGAAAGCUACAAAGAAUAUGUGGGUGAUAAUUGGCCCGUGCAUGCUGAGUGGUUUUGUCCUGCUUCUCAUCAGCACUGUCUCAUAUGGGAUUAGAAAACAUGUUGGAUGCCGCAGCCAGAAGAAACCACCAGAGGAGGAGACCACUCCAAAUCGGUCGUCUGACAGUACAAAGUAUGAGCAACUUGCCAUCUACGAGAAUACUCCACCACCCGGAUGUAACAGGAAAGGAUAUACGGCAGUGGUCCCGCAGCAACAGUAUGUCAACUUGGAGAUGCGUCCGUUUUUUUUGACAGCCUGUGGAGCAAGCGUUUCAGCUUACUUCUGUUCUAAUUGCAUUGAUAACUACUGUGUUACCUGUGGUGUGAGAGAAGGAUAUUGUUUUAAUGGAUGUAAAAACGGUUACCAUGGUGAUAAAUGUGACAAGGUGUGCCCAGAAGUUUGCAUGAACUGCUCGAGAAAUUUUGAUGUUGAUAAAAUAUGUCACACUUGUAAAGAUGGUUUUUACAGUUCAUCCUGUGAAAACACAUGCCCAAGUUCGUGUAAAUCGUGCACAUCCACCAGCAGCUGCGUUGAAUGUAAAACUGGAUAUUACGGAACUGUUUGCCAACUUCAAUGCGGCAACUGUCAACUUGGUACUUGUAGAAAAAAUGACGGCAGUUGUUUGUAUGAUUGUAUCGCUGGUUACUAUGGUGGCAAAUGCGAUUCAAAAUGUGAAGAUGGCUGCAGAUCUUCUAGGUGCAAUAGAAUCACAGGUUAUUGUGACGAAUGUAAACUAGGACACUUCGGUACAUCUUGUCAGUACACGUGUGAGAGCGGCUGUAAUGGGCCAUGCGACAAGUCCGACGGAAUCUGUUCAAUUGAUUGUGAACCUGGCUGGUACGGACAAAGAUGUGGAAUGCGAUGUGGAACUGGCUGCGAAUCAGCAUGUGACAAAAAAAAAGGAAACUGCUUGCAGAGAUGUACAAAGGGAUAUUACCGGCAAAAAUGUGAUACUAAAUGUGGAGAAGGAUGUAAAUCUUCCUGCAAAAGGGAAACUGGCAAAUGUCCUCUGUCAUGUAAAGAUGGAUAUUAUGGAGACACAUGUUCACGUCGAUGUGGAAAAGAUUGCAGUGGUUCGUGUGCACAGGAAACCGGCACAUGUCGUACGGAAUGUGUAACGGGUUGGUAUGGUGCGAAAUGUGAUCAGCAAUGCAGCAGCGGAUGUAACGGUAGCUGUGAAAGACAAGGCGGACAUUGCCAGUCUACUUGUAAGGAAGGUUAUUAUGGACCUUUAUGUAAACCUUGUGAUGAUGGAUGCUUGAAUACAAAAUGUGACCCAAAGACGGGUUUCUGCACGAACGGAUGUAGAAAAUAUCAUUUCUAUACAUACAGGCUGUUGCACGGAGAGUUCUGCAACAAGAGCUGUCCUAGGUACUGUAAAGAUGGUUGCGACCAGAAAACCGGAGUUUGUGUCAACGGAUGCAUUUAUCCUUCUCAUUACGGUGAUUAUUGCAACAUGACAUGCUCUUAUAACUGCAAAGGCACAUGUAAUCCAAAAACAGGCACCUGUGAUCAUGGCUGCAAAAAUAGAUAUUCUGUCUACGGCAGAUUUUGUAAUAUGACAUGUGCAGAACGUUGUGUCCUUCCCUUUAUAUGUAAUCAAGAAACCGGAAACUGCACUUGUCCACCGAAUUACAUUGAAAGUAAAUGCGAUCAAUACAUUGAUAUAAAAUAUGGAAGAAAGAGCUCAGCAUCUUGCCUUACGACCUGUGAAACAUGUACGACAUCCAGUCACUGUCUGUCUUGCAAACCUGGAUAUUUCGGUUCUACAUGCAAUCUGAACUGCUCUGACGGCUGUCUGAAUGAGUCAUGCGAUAUUAGCUAUGGAACUUGCGAUCUCGGUUGCAAGGAAGGUCUGGCAGGGAAAUGGUGUGACGUUGAGAUGAGCCACGCAAACUGUGACAUCAAAGGAGAAAAGACGCAAGUUACAAAGAAUAUGUGGGUGAUAAUUGGCCCAUGCGUGUUGAGUGUUUUUGUCGUGCUUCUCAUCAGCGUUGUCGCAUACGGGAUCAGAAAAUAUGUCGGAUGCCGCAGCCAGAAGAAAACACAUGGGACAGAGAGCACUCCAAAACGAUCUGACCAAGCGGCCCUCUACGAGAAUACUCCACCACCCGGAAGCAACAGGAAGGGUCAAAAAGAAGUGGCCUCGGAACAACAGUAUGUCAACUUGGAGUUGCGUCGGUUUUAACAGAAGUGUUGCUAUUUUUCUACUUUCAGCGAUUUUGAAAUACAUUUUUUUUACAGAGAAAUGGCAACUAAAAGUCGUUCCAGACAGCAAACAAAAUGUCAAUAUGUGGCCAUUAAAAGAAUAUGUUAUUAAGAAAUAUCAACAAUGGUCAGUCAAAGAAUCUGUUAUCAGGCAAACUGUCAAGAUACAGCCAUUAAAAAAUCUGUAAUCAAGCAAAUUUCAACAUAUAGUAAGGCCAUUACAAUAAUCCGUUAUCAAGCAGUGUCGACAUAAUUAAUAAAUCUAGACUGAAAGUCAAGAUGACUUACCACGAAAAAGUGAAAUAUUAAAGUUCAAUGAAACAACGGCCGUUCAUAGCCCAUAUUAAAUACUGAAUAUGAGUAAAAAUUAAGCAAUGGCAUAUGUUUUUUCAGAUAAACUUAGAUCCAAGUUUAUAUAGCAGCGUUUUGUACGCCAUAUUUCGAGGUUAAUGUUUUGAAGAUUAUGUUAAAGCUAAAAACUAAAAAAAAAGUUAUUACU